AUGCAACCCCAACCGAGCCACCCCUUCCUCCCCCCCCCUCUCCUUCCUCCAACCACCACCAAACCCCGUACCACCCCCCAACUCCCUUCCCCCCUCCCCUUCUUCCCCCAACUCCUCAACUUCUUCCCGAAUUCGACUUGCAGUUCCGCCGCCACCGACGCCAAGGAGGUGUCGCUGGAUUCGACUCAGAAGUCAUAUCCUCUCCCCCCCCUUCCUCUCCUCCCCCAAUUCCCCGUUCCCUUUCCGAAUCCGACUCGCAGUUCCGCCGUCACCGACGCCAAGGAAGCGUCGAUGGAUUCGACUCAGAAGUCAUAUCCUCCCCCCCCCCUUCCUCUCCUCCCCCAAUUCCCCGUUCCCUUUCUGAAUCCGACUCGCAGUUCCGCCGUCACCGACGCCAAGGAAGCGUCGCUGGAUUCGACUCAGAAUUCCGCCGUCACCGACGCCAAGGAAGCGUCGCUGGAUUCGACUCAGAAGUCAUAUCCUCCCCCCCCCCUUCCUCUCCUCCCCCAAUUCCCCGUUCCCUUUCCGAAUCCGACUCGCAGUUCCGCCGUCACCGACGCCAAGGAAGCGUCGCUGGAUUCGACUCAGAAGUCAUAUCCUCCCCCCCCCCUUCCUCUCCUCCCCCAAUUCCCCGUUCCCUUUCCGAAUCCGACUCGCAGUUCCGCCGUCACCGACGCCAAGGAAGCGUCGCUGGAUUCGACUCAGAAGUCAUAUCCUCCCCCCCCCCCUUCCUCUCCUCCCCCAAUUCCCCGUUCCCUUUCCGAAUCCGACUCGCAGUUCCGCCGUCACCGACGCCAAGGAAGCGUCGCUGGAUUCGACUCAGAAGUCAUAUCCUCCCCCCCCCUUCCUCUCCUCCCCCAAUUCCCCGUUCCCGUUCCGAAUCCGACUCGCAGUUCCGCCGUCACCGACGCCAAGGAAGCGUCGCUGGAUUCGACUCAGAAGUCAUAUCCUCCCCCCCCCCCUUCCUCUCCUCCCCCGAUUCCCCGUUCCCUUUCCGAAUCCGACUCGCAUUCCGCCGUCACCGACGCCAAGGAAGCGUCGCUGGAUUCGACUCAGAAGUCAUAUCCUCCCCCCCCCCUUCCUCUCCUCCCCCAAUUCCCCGUUCCCUUUCCGAAUCCGGCUCGCAGUUCCGCCGCCACCGACGCCAAGGAAGCGUCGCUGGAUUCGUCCGAGUGGUCGCUCUCGGACAAGCUCGUCGCAGGGCGACCAGCAGCCGUCGCAGGCGACGCAACGGGGUCGCAGGCGCGGGGCAGCGGCGCGGCGAGCGACAGCCACGGACGCGGACAGGGAGUAUCCGGCGAGGCAGGGCUGCACCGAGAGGGGGCCGCGGCGGAUGGGGGAAAAGGUUCCGCCAAGGCGAAAGAAAGGCGCGAGCACGUUUGUUACACUUCCUCAGCCCCAUGGAAGGGUCACACCCUGGUUCCGCGCAACCACCUUUCGCGCAGGGGUGGUGGUGGGCGGAAGGGGGUGUGCGCGGGUAGCCCCAUGGAAGGGCUACCAUCUGGUUCCGCGCAACCACCUUUCCCUGGGGGGGGUGGUGGGCGGAAAGGGGUGUGCGCGCUGUGUGGGAGAGCCCCCAUGGAAGGGCUACCAUCUGGUUCCGCGCAACCACCUUCCCCCGGGGGUGGUGGUGGGUGGGAGGGGGUGUGCGCGCUGUGUGCGCGGAAGGGACUGCGGCAUGCGCGUUUGGAUCAACGCCCCGGCCACUUGGGUGCAGUCUCCCCCAACGCGACCUGGCAGAAGAAGGCCAUGGCGCUCCUCCCCACAGGUCCCUCACGCACCCUCUCCCCUCAGAUCUACCCCAACGCGAGCUGGUGGAAGAAGGACAUGACACACAUUCUCAAGGACUCACCUCUCCCUCCCAUGACAAUCUGCUUUCCCCUCUCCUCCCCUCAUCUCCCCUCAGAUCUACCCCAACGCCAGCUGAUCUACCCCAACGCGAGCUGGUGGAAGAAGGACAUGACGCUCAUCCUCAAGGGCCCUGCUCUCUCCCAUGGCGACGUGCGCUGCCUCGACCCCCCUGCCUGCUCGCAACUCGACCUCACCUACCGCCUCUGGGACGUGGGACAGUACAAGCCAUUCCUGGGCGUAGGCUGCGCCAACCUGCAGUUCGCCCCCAACUACAAGCAGCACCUGAGCCUCAUCCCGUUCCUCCCUUUUCCACUUCGCCCCAUGCGUUCUCUCACUCUUCCCAGGGCAUUCCCGAGGGUAGGCUGCGCCAAUCUGCGGUUCGGCCCCAACUACAAGCAGCGCCUGAGCCUCAUCUACAGCCUCUCUGUUCCGUUCCCCUCACGUGUUCGUCUCCUCUCUCCCCUACCAGGGCAUUCCUGA